GCUAGGGCUAACAGCGGGAGCUCACCCCGCUCCCCGGAUUCGAACUGCCGACCUUUUGGUCAGGAAGUUCAGCUUCUCUACCAUCUUGCAAUUCUCAAAAAUGGAUGUGAGUCUGAAGGGGAAUGAGAGAGCAAUGAAGCAACAAUGGCAGGAUAAAGAUCUGGAGUAAAGCAAGCAAAAGAUUUUGGACAGGUCACAAAAGGCUGCUAGCUGUUUCAUGAAGCAAUAUUUGGCCAUCUUUCCACAACUAGAGAGUGGAGUACAAGAAAGGAUGCAAUCUGCGAGAAAAAAAGGAAACUUACAUCAGUUGCAGUUCAGCUUUUAAUAGGGAGGAUGGGGGAAGUAGACGUUUGGAUGUUGCAGGCUGCAAGAAGGAUAAUAUUUCUCUUUCCGUGGGGGGUUUUGCAGGACAAUGCAUUCUUGGAAUCUGAUCCUGGGCCUUCCGAAAUCUGCUCUCUUUCUCUCCCUUCCCGCCUUCCCUCUUGCUGGUUUAAACAACUUAAUUUCCUUUUGGUGCCAUGGCAACACAGAAACAACCUCAGAGCACAAUAAGGAUGGCAGUGGCGUUUCACAGAUUUCUUGGGCCAACCGGAACGGAAGGAAAUUAAAUGAUAAGAAAAAUAAUAACCUAGAGAGGAAAAACAAAACCGAGGACUAUGCUUCUACAGUAUAUGGUUGUUUUGAUAUUUCUGUUUAUACUGGUAAUACAGAACAGAAUAAUGGACUGAUGUCUCCGGCUUAAGGAGACACUCUUAACACUAUCGUCCAGCUUUAUCGGCAGAACUCAAAUGAAGAUCUCUUAAAAUGGAGCAAAGUUACGUUUUCAAAAGUAGAUGGGAAUGUCAAUGGAUUUGUGAAUAAUGUCCAGUCUAUCUAUGCUAAGUCGUGGGGCUGGAGAAGUGAUCAGAAACAAACAAGAGAAGCUGGAGGUACAUUUUGAUCCUGAGGAUUACGUGAACUGGACAUCUCCUGAAACCCGUUCUCACAUCAAUGGACUACAGAUUCUGGAGGGAUCCUAUAAACUAUGUCUCCCUAAGACGUACAGCACCAGAACAGGUGCCUUAAUUCUCUAUUCUGAAGAUCUGGCUAAGCCAUCAAGGAGAUGGAAAGAAUGCAGAAAGUCCCGAAGAAGAGCAGGAAACAAAAAACGGGCCCUGCAUGUUGAACUACACACCCUCCAAGAUUUAGUUCGAGCCAUUUUGGCAUAUGGCAGUAAAGAGGCAAAUAAGAAAGGGACUGCUUGGCAGCCGUGUCUUCACUUCCUAAGUGAGCCAUACUUCCGGACUGACAGACAGAUGAGACCAGGCUAUUCAGCCAAGAGGUAUCUCCUUAAACUCUCUCAGACCUGGGACCCGAGCAUAUUACAGAAGCUUCAGCGUUCAGGAUAUAUUAGAGAUCCCUGGUUGCUUGCGGAAAAUUCAGGAGAUGACAGAAAGAAACAACAGGAUCUGUCCGCUACUCCACCAAAAUAUAAUCUUCUUCAUAUCUUUUAUUCACCAUGCCCGUAUUUACAGACGGAGUUAGAAGAACCACACAUUUAUACAGCAGGCCUUGGCCCUUCAUUUCAGAAGCAGUCUGAGAAUAAAGUGAGAUUGGUGCAAAACCCUGAAGAAGAAAAAGGCAUCAGAGAAAGAGUUCGAAUUCCUUUAAGAAUUUCAGUCAGAAAACUGAGCUUCCACCUGAGACGCCAGCAAACAAAGGAGACCACCUGGAGCCAGGAUACAGCAUACAGAGAGAUCCCAGAGGAGAGCAAGACAGGGGUUCACCAAGACAGAGAGGCCAGUAAAGACGAGCUGGGCCACAGUGAAAGGUCAAAUAAAUCUGUCAAUUAUCCAACUUUGGCGAAUACCAUCAUUGACAAUUCUGAUCUAUGGAGUGAGCAAUCUCAUGUGACUUUCUAUGGAGGUUUUCUCCCUGGAAGAAAGAUCUCAUAUAGUGUUAGCCAAAGACAUUUGAAAAAUGGUGAUGGAAGUAGACCCUCAAUGGAUACAGGCUUAUUCCCACCUAUUCACCUAGAAGCAAGAUCAGAGCAAGGUGGAGCUACAAAGGAGCAUAAAAAACAGGUGCCAGAGAUCCUCAGGUUACCUCAGAUCCCUGAAGACUCGCCCAGAGUUCCUUGGAAACAAUGUGCAGCCAGUGAACUCUCCAAGGAACUUGUGGUCCUUCCACUGCUAGUUCACAUGGGAAGAGAGACUCAGGCCAAAGUGAAAAGGCUAAAAGGAACCUGCAGUAAUGAUCUACAGUCUACGACUGAUAGCUGUAAUAAGCACUUGACCCUUUUGCAAAAUGAUCUCAUUUUGGAGUCAGACCAUAAAAGGCAGCAAGAGCAGAUGACCGGCAGUCGGAUUACAGAUUCUUCCCAAGUCAGUUUCACCUUACCUCCCAUAAAUAACAAAGAUUAUUCUCUCAGUACAAAGAAGAUAAGGAAGACAGAGGUGUGUUCUGAAAAUAACCUUGAGUAUGAAAGAGAAUACCAUAAAGGCACUUCACUCAGCAGCCCCAUCAAGUGUCCUGAUAGAGAAAUCAUCUGUCCGUCACUCUUGGGAUCCAUCCAAACUACUGAUGAUCCCCGGCAAUUUGGCUUAAUUCCAGAUGAAGAAGCAAGGGAGGCUGAAGCACCAGCUGGAGUUGGAAUAGUUUCCAGAAGUCUACCUGAGGCCUCUUCUGAAGUUCAAGAACAGGAUGGGAAGGAACUCCUCCAGACUCAACAAAAUGGGAACAAGAAUGGCUUCAAAACCAAACAAAAUACUGCAGGAAAUGGGAGCAUUUCUGUUGAAUUCAGAAAAAGGAAUCAGCAGAGCCAAGGUGGUGCCUGUACAAACAACAACCAGCUGCAAACCGAGGAGGAAAGGGAACAUUUCACCUUGCCACAGACACAGAAGCUAAAACAGCAGAUCAAGGAUGACUUUAAGCAAGGGUUUCAAGGAUGUGAAUUGGAGCCUUGGAAAGAUACACAGAAGAAGCUGGAGGACUUGCCUCAGUCAGGCAGUCUCUUGCACCUGAAACCACAGCUGGUUUCCACAUCAGAGAUGGAGAGUGUCCCUAAAUCAGGUAAUGCUGUCAAAAGGCUUCUUGACCACAGUGAGGAAAUUCAGGAGAGCACAAGAAUGGGCUUCUCUUCUUCUGAAAAGAAGUUUGGAAUUGAAGAACAUAACAUGGCUUUCUCAAAGAAGACCAGGAAGCAAGUGAAAGACACUGGCCUCAAAACAAAAUCCCAGGCAGCAAGUGUUUUGGAGAACAAGUCAACACAAAGACAGAAGAAAUAUGAAUUGGGGAAAGUUGGAGAUGUUUCAAAAGUACACACAAAGAAUGCCAAGAAAGAUCAUCACCAAAAGCAGACAGAAUUUGUUGUAGGAAAACCAAGACAGAAAAAAACUGCUGGGAAAACAGUUGCUUUUCCCAAAGAGAAACCAGCAGGUAUCCGAAAAUCAAAAACAGAGGAGUCACUCCAAGAAAGGAGAGGAGAUGCUGAUUUGCAACAGACUGAUUCUUUUGAUGAUGAAGAAGGAGGAAGAGAACAGGAAGCUGGUGGUGAGGAUGUCAACAGUAUGGGAGGCAUCUCUGACCAAAGUUGCCCUCCUUCCACCCCUCUUCAGGAGGAGCAUCCCUUGGUGAUGCAGGAGGAAUGGCCUUCUCCUGAAGACACCGCCCACUCUUCUGCAUCUCCGGUCAGCCUUCCAAACAACAAACCAAUUCUUCUUCAUCCAGUCCUUCCUAUUGCAAAUGGCUCCCAGACUGAUGAAGUCCACAGCAGGGAAUUUCCAGAGGGUCUCCCGCAAAACAAAGAAGAGGAGAAACGAUCACGGGAAAAGAUGAUAGCAGAGAGGGCAGAGAAGAGACGGCUGGCAGUAGAGAGAAAACGAAAAGAGCAGGAGGAUUUGAAGCGGAAAGAACAAGAGCAACAGGCACGCAUCGAGAGAAUGAACGAAGAAAUGCAGCUGGAAAAACAGAGGAGAAUUGAGGAGAUACGUUUAAGAAAGCAACAGCUAGAAGAAGAGCGUCAUCGUCAGCAGGAGGAGGCUGAAAAGAAGCGGCAAGCUGAAAAGGCCGCUCAAGAACGUCUUCGGCAGCAGCAAGAAGAGUACCGUAGGAAACUUCUGGAAAUCCAGAGGAAAAAACAGGAGGAGGAAGAAGAACGUGCAGAAGCAGAAAAACGCAGACAAAAAGAAAGGGAAAUCCAACUAGAGGAAGAACGCCGACGCUUAGCAGAGAUGGCUGAGGAAGAAAGGUUGGAGUAUCUAAAGAAGAAACAGGAAGAAGAGGAGAAAACGAAACGUGAGGCUGAGGAGAGAAGGAAAAAAGCUGAGGAAGAGGCAAGAAUUGCAUUAGAAGAAGAAAGGCAGCAUGCGCUGUUACUGGCAAGACAAAGAGAAGAGCUGGAGAAGCAACAGCAGUUCCAAUACAAGACACUUGUGGAAGCCAGUGGCCUGGAACGAGAGCAAAACAUUUCCCGUCCAUGGGUUUAUUCCUAUUUCCAGCAUAGUUGUUUAAAGGUGAGGGACGGUGAUUAAAGAACAUGCAAGUAGCAUUUUUUUCUAGAGUACUACCAAGAGGCUGCAGACAUUUUCAUCUACCCCCAAAGCCAGCCCUGUUCUCCGCUUCUCCAGGGAAAAGUUGCUCUUUUACAUCCAUACAGUAAAUGAUUGUGUUCCAGUUGAGUCAAGACACAGAACCACCUCCUCUGGAACAUAGAACUGUUUUAGAUCUUCAGAUCUAAUUUUGUUGAUAAGAAGCUUUCACAAGCUUGCAAGGAUCUUCAUAAACUUCAGACAAGUGAACUAUUCAUGACAUCUAAUGAUGCAAGUCAUGUGCACUGCUCUAUUCUAAAACUGCAAUGGUAAAGUAGCUUGGUUAUGGCAAGAUGGUAUAUAUUCCACAUAUACAAGUUGCACUUUUAAACUUAGUUCUGUAUUAGUGAUGAGACCGCUUCUUCUACACUUCAAGACAACAGGGCAUUUUAGGGUCAACCAGUAUACUCCAACAGGAAAACCAGGAGAACCUUGAUGCUGUCUCCAGCAUCUGCUACCUAAAGUAGUUAUCUCAGGGCCCUUCCAGACAGGCCCUAUAUCCCAGGUUUUCUGUUUAUCCCAAAUUAUCUGGCAGUGUGGACUCGUAUAAUCCAGUUUAAAGCAGAAAAACUGGGAUCACAUCCUGGGAUAUAGGACCUAUCUGGAAGGGCUUUCAGUCUGCCUAACAGUAGGACAGACUCUGCAAAACAAAAGCCCAUAGAUAUAUAGCCUACAUGCUGUUAGUAGUGACUCCUAGAAAUGCAAAGCAUCAUACUCCAUGUUUUCUAGUCUUUAUCAGGUAGAUGAGGACAUAUUACAGCUGGGACAAUGCUGGAAACACACUAAGAUUCUACUAACACUUGCUGAACCAAGAGUGAAGAGGAAUGCAGAAGAGGACAAGCGUAAUCUUGUGUUCCCAUUAUUGCUCCUUAUGCAAAUCUAUUCAAUUUAAUGUACGUCUUUUCUCUACAAACAGUUUAUAGAAAGAAGCAGCUAUUUCCGCAGAAUAAAAUCCUCCAAAGUGCAAUGAUAAUCCCUCCCUUUAGAAUACCUGAAGCACUUGGACCUGCAAGCAAGGGGGUGCAAACUCCUCUCCAAUUUAAGCGGAGGGGGCAAGGAGGUAGGAGCAGCAGAAUCUACAUUGCCUUGGGCCAUACUGAUUCUCCAUACAAUGUAAGGGUGAGCGAGAGAAAUCAGUAUCAUGGGUCAGACUUGCAUUUUGAUGUACUCAAGAUUAAAUUGCAAUAAAUUACUUUAUUACAGCUACA